CCCAAUGAGACUAGCAAGCUCCGUCCCAUAGCAGCAGUCAAUUUGAAAGAGAACGUGAUUGUUUGUGCAGAUUUGUUUGUGUUGAAUUCUGCAUGGUUACAAAGACAUUGGCAGUUGUUUUUAUCAUACAGAAGAUACGGCUGCGUCAUGUCCCGCAGUAGCGAGAUAUUUACAGAUGUCACCAUGACUAUUGACUUAAACAAAUUCCAGGAUGAAGAUGAAGUGUGCCACAUGUUGUUGGGAAGAAAUGUAACGAAACAUAACAGACAUUUAGAAAUCACAGGCUCGUUUCAUGAAAUUGAAAAUGUUUUUUUGAAGCUGCAGUCGUUGAAAUCCUGUCCUGCCGCCCACCUUCUGAACUCGGAUAACCGGGGUCCCCUCUACCCUACAAGGACAGAGCCAGUGAAAGUCGACAGAACGGUCAUGAAAUACAUUGAUGAGAAAUACUCCAAAGAACUGGACAAAGUACGAGCGAACAUGGUUUCAAUAACUAGGAACUGCACAAGGCAAGGAUACAUUGUGGAUUUCAUUUCCAUUAAAUCCACACCAGGUCCAGAGUGUUCCAAAGCAAGAGAAAGAUUUAUAACCUUUUAUCAGAAGAUUGCAACAAACCUGCAGGUAAAGACGUUGCCGAUUAAAGCACCCAGUUCUGUUACACGGUUUAGAGAUAUUCUUGAGGAAGAGCUCCCCAGGAUGGUGAUCGGCACAGAAGGGGGUUCUCUUAAGCUGACUGGCAACUACCUUGAUGUGAUGAGAGCGGAACAGAUCAUAUCAACUCAUAAUCCAGGCAAACAUGUGGGAAACCAUCAUUCAAACACCUCUGACGUGGACGGCACCAGUAAAGGUAGCAGGCAGUCCAGGAAUAAGGCAUCAAGUUCAUCACCAGUGAAAGAGCAACACAAAGCCAAAGAAGAGGCUUGUCCAAUUUGUUUGGAUGAAAUUAAAGAAACCGAGAGAGAGACAUUGGCACGCUGUCAGCAUUCAUUUUGUAGAGGCUGCUUGAAGAGUGCUUUUGAUAAUAAACCUGCCUGCCCUGUCUGUGGGGUCCUUUAUGGAGAGGUGAAAGGAACACAGCCGAGGAAUGGCACGAUGUCCAUCUCCCAGUCCAGUGUAUCUCUCCCUGGGUAUGAGAAGCAUGGCACUCUUGUAAUAAAGUAUGAUAUACCCAGUGGAGUCCAGGGGGAUGAGCAUCCCAGUCCUGGCCAACGGUAUUGGGGUGCAUCCCGCACAGCUUAUCUUCCAGACUCAGCACUGGGCAGAAAGGUCCUUGCCCUUCUGAGGCGAGCCUUUGAUCAGCAGCUCAUCUUUACCAUUGGAACCUCCUCCACUACUGGCAUGAGCGAUGUGGUCACAUGGAACGAUAUCCACCACAAAACCAGCACACAUGGCGGACCAACAAGGUAUGGAUAUCCAGAUCCAGAUUAUCUCAGACGAGUUCAGGACGAACUAAAAGCAAAAGGGAUUUACUGAACACCAGAAACAAAGCAUUUAUUUCAGAAAUGCAGUAACUACUGUAGACAUGCUCUAAUGUAUUUGCUAAAUUGUAGCUGGUUGGAAAGCUAUUAUAGAAUGAUAUUUACUGUGCAGAGUCAAGGCGCUUAUUGUCUUUAAAAAUGAAAUGUGAAAGUGUUGCUAUUUGUUGGUCCUUGGGGAAAGUUACAAGAAUGUAUGGGCAAGUGGACCCUGCAGCUUCAUUCAGGGUUUCUCAUUAGACAGAUAUCAAGAGAAAGAUGCAUGUAGCCUUUUUAAGGAAUACAAAAAAUAGUGCAGAGAUUUAAAUAGCUCCCGUAUCUUUUUCACUUAUGACACGUGUGUAUAAUGAACACUAAGCUUUUUAAAAAUGUCUUUUACACAUUUAAAUGAUUUUGUCAGUAUGAAUGUUGCUUUAUCAGUGUCGUCAGUGCUGUAUUAAAAAUGAAAUCCUGCGGUAAAGAUAACUAUGCCUCCAUGCCCUGCUGCUGCACAUAUUUUGUAUCAUCAGCAAGACAUUUAUGGAAACAAAACAUUCCGCGUCAAUCAGGAACAUAUUUCUCCUGAAGUACUGCAGUAAUUAAAGUCUUGCAUUCAGCUAGAUGUUUUCUGCUGCAGUGUGGGAGAAUUCAUCUUUUGACAUCAAAGGGGGUCUUAAAAUAGAAUCGUGUUGCUUGCUAAAUAAGGCAUUUUCUCCCAUGAUGAACAUGUGAUACUGAAUGUGACAAAGGCUCAUAUGCGAAGGUUUCAGUAAGAUGCAUAGACCCACAUAGUUCUUAACCAAAUCUGAAUUUAUUGAAAGUAAACAUUUACAGAAGCUACUAUUUUCAUCACUAGUAAAAUGCCAGAAAAAGCUGAUUUGUUUGCAAAAGAAAGCAAAAGCUGUAAAAACUGAAUACAGAAAAUAUUUGACCUGCGUGUUUUGUGGCAGUAUUUACAUUAUCUACAGUCCUGUCAUACAUUGCCAUUGCUCUGCUUCUAAGGCACCGAAGGCUAAAUAGCAGUUCUUUAUAUUAUAUAAUUAGUGCAGAAAUAUUGUUAAAUAAAACAAAUGUUUUGAAAAGUUUGAUUAAAGAAAAAAGUAAAGUGGACUAGCUUUGCAAUGUGGACGAUGGCAGCCUAAACCAGGGUAUAUCCUGCUGAACGUGGGACUGGUUUGUUUCAGCCUAGCCCAAGAUUUGGCCAAAGCACAUUCUGGCAUAAAAAUGUGAUCACCCUUUUGUUAUUUCUGUGUGUAGGGUUUCUUUCAUUCCUAAUUUUUAAACACAAGUGUAUUUGUAUUUUUUCCUUUAAGAUAUGUAACUUAAUAUGUAUGUAAGUUGCACGUGUGCAUAUGUGACUUUAACACUAGGAACCAUUUGCUUUGUUUUUUAUUCAAGCACAGAACAUGGAACAGUAGGAUGCAGAAAGUAAUGGUCAUUUUUUAGAAUUAUUACCUUUCUGAUAAGAGGACAGAUUUGUAUUAAAACUUUUUUUUUUAGGGGGUGGGGCGGGGUAGAGUAGGUCUGUUUAGUGAACACAUUCCUCCUUUUAACAAAUAAACAAUUGUAUUCCAUUUCUCAUUAAAAGAUCUUUCAUCACUGUACAUGCCUGGUCAAUUACUUUCACAUUUAAAGAGUCGAUCCUCUUUUCAGAAUUAUUUUAACAUAGUUUAACAUGUUGGUUAUUAAAUCAGAAUUGUACACACACGCCCAGCCAUCUAGAAGGCGAAUGUUGUGAGGUGCAUCUGGUAAACAAUAUUAGAUAUUUUAUAUACAGUAUAGUGUUUGAAAAUAGAAAAAUAAUCCUUAGGCAGGACAAAAGUUCUAUUUAAAAAUUCAAACCAUCAAUAGUUUUCCCAUUGAAGAGACCAAAGUACAGAAAGAAGCAGCUUCAGACAUGUUUUACUAAUCAAUUAGAAAUGCUUUCCCACCCAGCUCCUAAUUCAAUAUGUGGAUGUGCCCUGGUUUGAACUGACACCCAGCAGUCUGUCUGAGCCAUGCACAGCACGAGAGCUGCUGUGCAGCAGUGCAGAGACAUUCAUUUCACAGCCGGCUCUGCUUUUGCCUAAAUGCAAACACUAAAUAUAAAAUAAAUGCUGGUACAAAGCAUGGCAGGUUUAAAAAAAAAAAAAAAAAAAAAAAAAUCUAAAGCAGACAGGAUGAAUGGCUUUAUAAAGUUUAAUUUUAAAGCUAAUUAUUAUUGUUAUUAUUAUUAACAGUAAAAGAGUAAACACGAUGUUUACUUUUAAAAUGGUCCAAUGAGUGCUGGAUGUUUAGGAUUGUGUAAAAAAUAAAUAAAUCAAAGGAAAGCAGUAACGCACAUUUUAACCCUGUAUUGACAUGACAUAACUGAUUAUUAUUAUUUUAACAAAAUAUGUCCCAAACACUGGUUUCAGUAAAAUUAAAUAAAAAAAAUUAACAAUUUAGAAUGUUACCCGAAAGCUGCAUUUGACAAUACAGAGAUAAGGUCUGUUUACCAGCAGGAAACAAAUGUGUUCAUUGCUCAGUAAGACAUAUUCAAACUAGCAACUGAAUCACCGAGCACCUUUAGGAUUGACAAUGGCAGCCAUUUGGCACCUGUACAACACCAAUAGUCCCAAAUUACUGUGUUGGUAUUUUAUUUCGGAAAGUGGAGAGGGUGGAAAUGUAUUCACGAAGAGGUAGGCCACUAGAACUGGUUUUCCACGGGUGUUUGAGACUGGAAUGGAACCCGGAUCUCAGUGUGCUUGUUGUGUAUCUGGUUCUUCUAUUACUGUAGGUGUGCAAGUUAAGAAGUGUUCCAUUAGGAAUUCUGAUAAUGGAAUGCACGGAGUUUGCUAAAAAGUAAUUUUGUAAUAAGUUCUGUGGUUUAGAUACUAUGUAGCAUUAAUGGUAAUUACAAAUGAAGCGCAUAUUCACACCUUUAGGAUCAUGACAAGUACUCUGUUGUAAUUUAAAAAUGCACAAGCCUUACAAAGUGAACAGGAAGGUCUGGUAUUGGGCACCUUGUUACGAAGGAAAGAGGAACAUUUUCCUGCAGAGAAACUCAGCCUGUAAAUCCAAACGACUACAUUUAUAUGUUCAAAAUCAGAAAAAAAAAAAACACAGUUCAAAUUCAAAGUUAGCUAAAAAAUAUUGAGAAAAGUAGCUAAUAUUUCCUCAGAUUGGCAAGCCCUGGCUAGUGAUGAAUAGUCAUUGUGUUUAUAAACUUUGAAGCAACAUGUUAUUGUCUAGAUAACAAUGAGCAAUCAUUUCAAAUGAAAUACCUCUUGGGAUAGAAACAGUGUAGCUCUUGUGUAUGUUUUCUUUUUAAAACAUAUUUUAAAUGUUCAAUAGUGAGUUAGUUGUGUGUUAAAAAUAGGAUCAAUGCACUCAUUUUAGCUCAAAAUCCAGCUUUGAGAGCGAGUGGAUUGUGUGUUUUCAGGCAGCAUAAUCAAUAAUAAUAUCCUGCAGCUCCUUAUCCAGUAGCGGUCUGGUUGCCUAUAACUCGGAACAUCUCCUUGUGGAUGCUGGGGUCCUGUGUGUUUGUCAUUAGGAUUAGGGUUUUGAAUUAUGUGUUUUCAGGCAGCAUCAUCAAUAAUAAUAUCCUGCAGCUUCUUAUCCAGUAGCGGUCUGGUUGCCUAUAACUCGGAGUAUCUCCUUGUGGAUGCUGGGGUCCUGUGUGUUUAUGCUUGUGUCUCCCACCUGGCCAUCUUCAUAC